AUGGCUCAACAACCAGAAUCUUCAUCUUCCUCAUUAGCAUCAGCAGGAACGCGGGCAACAAGAGCAGCAGCAAGAGCAGCAGCAAGAGCUCAAUCACCACAAUCAGAGCGACAACAACAGCAGCUACAACAGCAAGAACAACGACUACAAAAAGAACGAGAGCAGCUACAACAGCAACAACAACAGUUACAACAGCAACAACAACGACUACAAAAAGAAAGAGAGCAGCUACAACAACAACAACAACAAUCACAACAACAACAAUCACAACAACAACAAUCACAACAACAACAAUCACAACAACAACAAUCACAACAACAACAAUCACAACAACAACAAUCACAACAACAACAAUCACAACAACAACAAUCACAACAACAACAAUCACAACAACAACAAUCACAACAACAACAAUCACAACAACAACAAUCACAACAACAACAAUCACAACAACAACAAUCACAACAACAACAAUCACAACAACAACCAACCAAAAGAAAAAGAAUUAACAAUGAUCCAAGCUAUCGUGGAAUCAAACCAAAAUUACCAACGCCAGCGACAUUCAUUACCAUUGCCAACAGUGUAGAAAGAAUUGAUAGUUACGGGCAACUAGUCCAAAAUUUACUUUCAGGAGCAACAACAGGCACAACAACAGCAAUAGUACCAGCAGCAACAACAGCAGUAGCGCCAUCGGACCUUAUUGAUUUGGCAAACACCAUCAUCAACUACCAACAAUACGCUGUUCAAACCACUAUCACCAAAGCAGCGUUAAUGUUCCAAUAUCAAAAAAGGUUCCAUCACCUCAAGAACAUCAGUAAACUCACCUAUUCCGCUUUCCUUUCCCGUUGUGUGCAACAUCUCGCCGACGAAGACAAAGAUGACGCUAUGACCAAAAUCAACGAUAUGAUAAAAAAAUGUAGUAUCUAUGGUGAUUUGGUCGAAGCCGCUGGAGGGCCAUGGAUUCUUUGUCUGGCCGACCUAUACCCGGACAGCUAUCUUACAAAGGUCAGCAAAGGAGCUAUGGUCCGAGCAGCUGAAUCCUUGUGCAUUGAUGGAUUGCGAACAGAAUUUGGUUCUCGGUUUGCUGCUCAUUCUGUGCCCUCCAUAUUCCCACAAGCAUUAUCAAGCCAAAUAUUGGUUGAAGAACACUUUGGAUACCAUUACCGUUUAGCUACUGCCCCUGUUCUUUUGGUUAUCUCCAUUCUCUUUGACAAAAAGUCAACAACGUAUACUAUACGUAAAGUACUUUUGGUUAUCUCUUUGGUGUUGGUUUUUAUGAUUGGUAUAUCAAUAUCGGCGCCUGAUGUAGCCAAGGAUAGUGGUCUAUACAAUCAAAUGUCGGAUGGUCAUCAUUACUUUAUACUUAACAUUUGGUCAAGCGAAGAUCAUGGUGUAUUGAUCUUUGUUUGUUUACGGGCAAUGGACUCGGUCGAGGAUGAUCAAUUUCUAGAAUCGUUUAUGAAUCUAGUGACUGAAUUUUGUGCUUAA